AAUUCGAUUUUAUCUUAUGAAGAUUUUCUACGAUUCUAAUUCAAAAUAAAGUAAUUAAGAUAUUGUGGGCGAGAAAUGAGGAUUUUUUUCACAAAUAAAAGGAAUGGCUUCAAAAUCGGCUGUGGAUAUAAUAGAGACAUCAUCAAAGGUUCAUUUCUCAGGAUUUCAUCAAAUGGAUGGUUUAGUUUCUACUAGACUAGAUGAAAUGGCUGAGGAAGAAGAACAUGGGCAACCUUUUGUGAUCGGAGUUGCUGGAGGUGCAGCUUCCGGGAAAACAACUGUCUGUGAUAUGAUUAUGCAGCAACUGCAUGAUCAGAGAGCUGUUGUUGUAAAUCAGGAUUCUUUCUACCAUAAUGUAAAUGAAGAGGAGCUUGUAAGAGUUCAUGAUUACAAUUUUGAUCAUCCUGACGCUUUUGAUACUGAGCAAUUAUUGUCUUCCAUGGAGAAGUUAAGAAAAGGACAAGCAGUAGAUAUUCCCAACUAUGACUUCAAAAGUUACAAGAACAAUGUUUUCCCACCCAGAAGGGUAAAUCCUUCUGAUGUUAUAAUUCUGGAAGGGAUACUCAUUUUUCAUGACCCUCGGGUGCGAGAUUUGAUGAACAUGAAGAUAUUUGUAGAUGCAGAUGCCGAUGUGCGUUUAGCGAGAAGGAUUAAACGUGAUACUGUUGAGAAGGAUAGAGAUAUCGCUACAGUUCUUGACCAGUACUCAAAGUUUGUGAAGCCAGCAUUUGAGGAUUUCAUACUCCCAACAAAGAAAUACGCAGAUAUAAUAAUUCCCCGAGGUGGUGAUAAUCAUGUGGCUAUUGAUUUGAUUGUGCAACAUAUCCGCACGAAACUCGGUCAACAUGAUCUCUGUAAAAUAUAUCCAAAUCUUUAUGUUAUUCAAUCAACUUUUCAGAUACGUGGGAUGCACACUCUUAUUCGCGACUCUAAAACAACAAAGCACGAUUUUAUCUUCUACUCCGAUCGACUGAUACGUUUGGUCGUUGAGCACGGCCUUGGACACCUUCCCUUUACAGAAAAGCAAGUGGUUACUCCCACAGGAUCUGUGUAUUCGGGUGUGGACUUCUGUAAGAAACUGUGUGGUGUCUCAGUUAUCAGAAGCGGUGAGAGUAUGGAGAACGCUCUUAGAGCAUGCUGCAAAGGCAUCAAAAUUGGGAAGAUCUUGAUUCAUAGAGAAGGCGACAACGGUCAACAGCUUAUCUACGAGAAGCUACCCUCAGACAUUUCAGAAAGGCAUGUUCUUUUGCUAGACCCAAUCCUCGGGACAGGAAACUCAGCGGUGCAAGCGAUAAGACUGCUUAUAAGUAAAGGCGUGCCUGAACCAAACAUCAUAUUUCUCAAUCUCAUAUCUGCACCUCAAGGAGUAAAUGUGGUGUGCAAAAAGUUCCCAAGGAUAAAGAUUGUGACUUCAGAGAUAGAACUCGGUUUAAACGACGAGUUCCGAGUUGUUCCUGGUAUGGGCGAGUUUGGAGACCGGUACUUUGGGACCGAUGAUGAGGUUUCGAUUCCUUACCAUCUCCGCAAAACCCUUCAGGGUAUUAGAGAGAUUACCGGCAAGCAGCACUCCGAUGAGGAUAUCUUCGCCGUCUAUAAGGAUUCCUUCAAUGAUCCUCUUGAGACCGCUCAGAAACUCCUCUUCUUAGAUACAUUUCAUGAGAAUAUAGUGCCAGUUACACAAGCAAGUGGCAGAGGUGGUCGGAGGAACUUUUCUUCAAGUAACUCUUAUCAAGGUAAUGGAAGAAAUGCAUCUUUUAAGAGAGAAAAUGGAGCUAAUCAUGUAACAAGAGGUUCUAGAACUGCUCUGCCUGUCACUAACAAAGCUAGCAACAUCACAGUACCUAAUGAAAUAAAGGUUUCUGGUCCUACUAGUGUUCCGAGUGAGGUCAGCAAUCAUAAAGUUCAAGAUGAUCCUUCUUUGAUUCCUGCUUCACGGUGUAGUAGCCAGUCAGAUCAAGCCACAGAAAUCGAGACUGCGUCCAAACAAGGCAAAACUCAAUCGCUUCCUAAGUCAGAUGUUAGCCAACAGUCACACGUAACAUUCCCUUUCCACCUUCAGGUUGCCAAAGGACUGCAAAAUGGUCUGACGUUUGGCAGUUUUGAUUCCAACUUUGUGAAAAAGGUGUCUUCUAACAAUGGUGGAGAUGACUCAAAUUUUGAAUCGUCUGAUGGGACAGGGGAUGAUGAGAGGGAACCUUCUCCCACUACCAAUGGUAUUCCUGGGGUUGCUUCUGCUAGAGAAGAAGCAUCAACAUUUUCUGAAGAUAAGGAUUAUGGGAUAUCAAAUUCUGCACCUGGAGCUGAGCCAGUGGUGCACUCGGAUCACAUUGUCCCACCUGUAGAAGAAGUACUGAAGGAGGAAGCUUUAUCAAACACAGAAACUCAUCAAAUUGCUCCACUCAGUGUGUUUGGUCUUGUCCCCUCGUUGUCAGCAAUAGGCCAACCCGUUAACACAGAAGCAGCAGAGACUCAGCCCGGAAAUUCCAACUCUCCAGCUAUUUCAUUAGUAUCAUAUCCUCCAGAUCAGAGCUCCAUAGCAGCAGCCUCUCAACAGGCAAAUUUUCUUAGGCAGCAAUAUCCACCCAAUUUCGUCCCUUACGGUCCCUAUUACUCACCGUAUUAUAUGCCACCGCCAUACAUUCACCAGUUCUUGAGCCCAAACGGGAUCCCUCAGCAGGCUUUUUUUCCACCAGGAGCUGCUCUAACAGCACCUUCUCAUGUAAACCCAGUAGGCAACACUGAAAACCCUCCCACCACAAACCCUUACCUACACACUUCUCCCAUGGUUGCUAGCAGCAUCCCAUCUGCAACCGCCUUCAAUUCUAUCCAUAGUGAAGAAAAGGCAUCUCCCCAGACUGAAAGUGCAGCUACAUGGAUUGGGCAGGGAUUUGGCAACCUGCAGGUGAAUCCAAUGUACAACCUAGCAUUCCAAGGUCAGCCACUUGGUUUUCCGGUCGUGCAGGCUGGUCAUGGUGGCCUCAUGGGAAUACACCAACCAACACAGCCCAUGGCUGCUGCUUCAACUACAUAUCAGACCUUACCGCCACCGCCUCACACAACAACAGCUAUGGGUGAACCCAUAGGACACCCGCACAUUGCUUAUCAGCAACCUCAAGCUACCCUAACGAAUUGGGUUAACAACUAUUAGGUUCAAGGGGAAGUAGCUAUAAAGAUACACAUCAAACGCUUAAAAGAGAUGUUAAAGUCUGGAUUUUUGGGUGUAAAUACUUAGGAACCAUCAUCCCCAGAGAAAUUUAGGUUGACAAUUACAAGAGGGAAGAAGAUGUGCAUCAAAGUAGCAAACCUUUUACCUUAUUUUUUGUUGUGAGACCUUACAUAAAAUACAUAAAGAAUGUCUGG